UUUUCCUUGACCUACUCGAUUUGUUGUUUGGCCAAACUCUCCCGGGAUUAUCUGGUGCUGGUGGUGGGGAGAGUUUUAGGGGGGUUGUCCACGGCGUUGCUCUUCUCCGCCUUCGAGGCGUGGUACGUCCACGAGCACGUGGAGCGGUACGACUUUCCAACUGAGUGGAUCGCUGUCACCUUCUCCCGGGCGGCUUUUUGGAACAACGUCAUUGCCGUGGGGGCCGGGGGGGUGGCUGAUUUCUUCGCUGAGUGGUUGGGGUUGGGCCCGGUGGCCCCGUUCAUGGUCUCCAUCCCCCUCCUGGUGCUGUCGGGGGUCUUUGCCGUGAAAAACUGGGAUGAAAACUAUGGGAAGAAACGAGCUUUCUCCAAAACCUGCGGCGACGGUUUGAAGUGCCUCCUCUCCGACCGCCGCGUCCUUCUCCUGGGCACCAUCCAGGCUCUGUUUGAAAGCGUCAUCUACAUCUUCAUCUUCCUCUGGACCCCCGUCCUGGAUCCCCACGGCUCCUUCCUCGCCUUCCUUCUCAUCGAACUCUCCUGCGGGCUCUACUUCCCGGCCAUGGGUUUCCUCCGACGGAAAGUGGUGCCGGAGAAGGAUCGCCUCGGGGUGAUGAACUGGUUUCGCCUCCCCCUGAACUUACUGGCCUGUCUGGGUUUACUGGUUCUCCACGACAGCGACCGUCGGACGGGC